GGGGACAUGGAAAACUGAUUGGGAUAAAACUGAUUUUUACCUAAAAACUCUUGUCAUUUUCGUUUAAACAGGGCCGUGGUUCAAAAUGAAAUUACUGGUAUUAUUAUGUGCAGUUGCUAUAGCAGCAUCAACUCAACGAAUUCUGUCAGUAACUGCUGAAUCAUACGAUGAUGGAUCGUACCAUCCUGAUCCUUCGGAAGAUGACGGACAGUACCACCCUUCAGCAGACGAAGCAGAAUACCAUGAUGAUCAUUUAGGUGAUUACUUAGGACAAGCUGUCGAUAAUGGCGAGCCCUACAAACAUAUCGGCAGUAAAGUAGAACCUUAUAAACAUAAUCCUGAUCAAUUGGUUCCGUACAAACCGUUCCAUGAUGGUGGUGUGUAUAAACAAUCAGGAGAUACAGGAGUUUAUAAGCAUGUUGUUGGUAACAUAGAACCUUAUCAACAUACUUACGUGCAAAAUUCUGGGUUGUACAAAGACGUCUAUAAUAAUGGAGAAUAUAAACAGGGGUCAUUACAAUAUAAUCAAAAUAAACUCAAUCGUAAUCAACAUGUUAAUGUAGGGCUUUACAAAAAUAAAGGCGAAGAUGAUGGUAGUUACCAUCCUGAUCAUUCAGGAGAUUAUAAAGCAGUAAAAAACGAUAAUGAUGGAGUAUACAGGCAUGUUGUUGGUAACGUACAACCUUAUCAACAUACUUAUGUCCAAAAUUCUGGUUUGUACAAAGAAGUAUCUAACAAUGGAGGCUACAAGCAGGGAUCGUACAAAUACGAUCAAAAUCAACGUAAUCAAGGUGUCAACGAAGGAUUUUACAAAAACGAAGGCCAAAAUGAUGGUAGUUAUCAUCGUAUUUAUUCGGAAGGUUACAUUCAUGGAAAAUCUGUAAUUUCUGAUGUUAAUCAACAAAAGUCUGUAUCCGACAUGCAUAAUUCACUUAAGUUCGGAGUAUCAACAACUGGUCAUCAUCAAAAUAUUGGAGCAUACGAUCAUCAAGAUAAACAGAAUAUUCACAAAACAAUACCAUAUGAUAGUACCCGAGGCAGUGGAAAAUUGUAUUCUGUUUCAACAGAAAAUUCCAAAACACAACAAGGUUCUAAUACUCAACUUGAACUUAAUUCCAAAAAUACCCAACAACUUUCAUAUACAAAACAAAUACCAAGUGCUAAGGAUAUUUCUGUUCAAAAUUCGUUUAAAACAACGCAAGAGGGUGUUGUAAGGAAGACACAAGAAUCUAACUAUAAUGACUAUCAUCACGUAAAAGAAGGCGAAGAAGAUGGUAGUUAUCAUCCUGAUCAUUCAGGAGAUUACAUACCGGAAAAAAUUGACAAUGGAGAAGCGUACAGGCAUGUUGUUGGUAAAGUUGAUCCUUACAAGCAAAAUCCUGUACAGCCAGUUCCUUCAAAGCCUUCUUAUGAUAGAACAAGUUACGAACACGUUCAUGCUAAAGUAGGAUUUAAACAUGAAAAUAGUCACGGAAAAUCAGUACAUCUUGGUUUUAAUCAACAUGAAUCUAAAUUACAAGUUCCGGUUUCUUUUGGGUUCGGACAAACAAGGAAUAAUGGAGUAUACAAACAUGAAAAUCACGAAAAUGAACACAAUGUUUUAGUACAAAAUCAAGGUCGUGAAUUAGGAAGAACAAACAUUGUUUCAACUGAAAGAGGCUCAAAUGUCCAAUCCCAAAUUGGCACUACAUUAGUUAAUAAAGUUAGCACUGCACAGAAUCUUAACGUAGGAAAUGUGAAACCUAUCCAGCCAGCAAUUUCGCCUAAAUACAAUAUUGGUCAAAAUUUGAGCCCAACAAAUUUGAGAAACGAGGGCCAAGAUGAUGGUAGUUAUCAUCCUGAUCAUUCAGGAGAUUACAAACCUGAAAAAAUUGAUAAUGGAGAAGCGUACAGGCAUGUUGUUGGUAAAAUAGAUCCUUACAAGCACACUCCUGUUCAGCCAGUUCCUUCAAAGCCUUUUUAUGAUAGAACAAGUUAUGAUCAUGUGUCUGCUAAAGUAGGAUAUAAUCAAGAAAAUAAUCUUAACAGUCACGGAAAAUCAAUAAAUCACGGUUUUAAUCAACAUGAAUCCAAAUUACAAGUUCCGGUUUCUACUAAGUUUGGACAAUCAGAAAAUACUGGAAUCUACAAAAAUGAAUAUCACGAAAAUAGAAACAAUGUUUUAGUGAAAAAUCAAGGGGGUGAAGCAGGAAGACCGAACAUUGUUUCAACUGAAAAAGGUUCAAAUGUCCAAUCCCAAAUUAGCACUACAUCGGUUAAUAAAUUUAACACUGCUCAGAAUCUUAACGUAGGAAAUGUGAAACCUAUCCAGCCAGCAAUUUCACCUAAAUACAAUAUUGGUCAAAAUUUGAGCCCAACAAAUUUGAGAAACGAGGGCCAAGAUGAUGGUAGUUAUCAUCCUGAUCAUUCAGGAGAUUACAAACCUGAAAAAAUUGAUAAUGGAGAAGCGUACAGGCAUGUUGUUGGUAAAAUAGACUCUUACAAGCACACUCCGGUUCAGCCAGUUCCUUCAAAGCCUUUUUAUGAUAGAGCAAGUUAUGAUCAUGUGUCUGCUAAAGUAGAUUAUAAUCAAGAAAAUAAUCUUAAAAGUCACGGAAAAUCAAUAAAUCUCGGUUUUAAUCAACAUGAAUCCAAAUUACAAGUUCCAGUUUCUAGUAAGUUUGGACAAGCAGAAAAUACUGGAAUCUACAAAAAUGAAUAUUACGAAAAUAGAAACAAUGUUUUAGUAAAAAAUCAAGGGGGUGAAGUAGGAAGAACGAACAUUGUUUCAACUGGAAAAGGUUCAAAUGUCCAAUCCCAAAUUAGCACUACAUCGGUUAAUAAAGUUAACACUGCUCAGAAUCUUAACGUAGGAAAUGUGAAACCCAUCCAGCCAGCAAUUUCGCCUAAAUACAAUAUUGGUCAAAAUUUGAGCCCUAUAAAUUUGAAAAACGAGGGCCAAGAUGAUGGUAGUUAUCAUCCUGAUCAUUCAGGAGAUUACAAACCUGAAAAAAUUGAUAACGGAGAAGCGUACAGGCAUGUUGUUGGUAAAAUAGACCCUUACAAGCAAAGUCCUGUACAGCCAGUUCAUUACAAGUCCUUUAAUGACAGAGUAACUUACGAACACGUAUCUACUAAAUUAGAUAACAAGCAUGGAAAUAAUCUGAAAAAUGAUGGAAGAUCAGUCAUUUCAGACGUUAGUCUGCACAAAUCUGUUCUUCAAGGUUUCGAUUUACAGUCGCAAUUUAAUGCAGGAAAUCAUCAGUACCAAGCGGCAUAUGAAAAACAACUUACGACUAGUAGAGAUAAUACCGCGCACACCUUUACUGUAGACAACAUGAAACUAAUCCACACGAAAAUUCAAUCAUCCAUUUUAUCCAAAUACAAUGGAAGUAAGAACGUUUUUGAUGGAUAUCAAUCAGUUAUCAAUAGGAAAACGGAGGAAUUCAGUCCGACUGGAUACCACUAUGUGUACCAAAACGAAAACGGUAUUAUUUACGAAGAAGUAGGGCAUAUUAUAGAAAAAGAAACUCAUGUGGCACGACUUGAAAUAAGAGGAUUUUAUUCUUUCCACGGAUUAGACAAAAAUCUUUACACUGUUGAGUAUUCUGCAGAUUCUUCUAACGGAUACCUUCUGAAAUUCGGUAAAGUCGUUAAAAUCGCAACACUUUCCAAAGGCGCAGAAUUUUGCAUCCAUAAAAAUUGAACCUAAUAAUGUGGAUUGUACCUAAUGACAUAAAAUAAAGUACACUUAUGAGUA